AUGUACCCGUUUCUGCACCUUAUGCCCGAUGGCUCGCUCUUCAUCUUUUCGGAUACUUCCUCAGAGCUCUUUGACGUGGCUGCCAAUCAAACCAUCAGGAAGAUGCCCGUCAUGCCUGGAAUGCACAGAACCUAUCCCAAUACAGGGGGUAGCGUCAUGUUACCACUGCACGCAAGGAACCACUAUGAGCCUGAAAUCAUGAUAUGUGGUGGGGGACAGACACAAGCAAUUGACAGUCGGUGCGAAUCAAGCUGCGGAAGGUUGAGACCGAUGAGCCAGGAUCCUCAGUGGCAGAUGACUGCGAUGCCAGAGCCUCGAGGAAUGGUAGAAGGAGUCUUACUUCUCGAUGGUACCGUGCUCUGGAUCAACGGCUGUCAGACAGGUGCGCAAGGGUUUGGAUUGGCCACCAACCCUGCCUUGGAAGCCCUCAUUUACGAUCCGAGAUCGCAUAGCUGGACUGUGUCUGGAAGAACCACAAUCGCCAGGCUUUAUCACUCUGUUGCUUUCCUACUCCUGGAUGGAACAGUCCUCAUUGCCGGAAGCAAUCCAAAUGAAAUGCCAGUGACGCUGCAACAUGUCGAAAUCCAUAACCAAUACAAAGCCUUUCCCACCGAAUUCAGGAUCGAGAUUUGGACCCCGCCAUACCUUCGGGGUGACAAGGCAUCUCAAAGACCCAAGGAUAUCGCCUUGUCGACAUAUACCCUUGCGAAUGGGACCAGAUUUAGCAUUGAAUUCAGCACGGAGAAGCAGGUCGAUACGCUGGAAAUGAUCCUGUACAGUGGAGGCUUCAUCACGCACUCAGUUCACAUGGGCCAGGUAAUGCUGUACCUCGAGAACAAUGGCUGCAACACCUUGAGCAACGGUCGUAGGAGGGUUGAGGCAUGGAUGCCGGACGGGAUCAAACUGGCUCCUGGACCGUAUGUGGUAUAUGUGAUUGCCAAUGGCAUUCCUGGAGUCGGGCAGUUUGUCACCUUGCGCGUUUGA